AUGCUAAGCAAGCUCCGGCCAAGCAGUUGGGUCAUGCUCCAUGAGACGGAAGGAUUCGUCGGCCUUCCAAAUGAACGAAUCAUGUAUACCUCUCCAACCCGAACAAGCCUUCUGCUACAAAGCGGGAACCCUAGACCGGGAAUCGAACCUCUAUCAAUUCAAAGUAGCACCGGAUGUGUCUAUCUUACUAACCAACGAGUUGUCUAUCUUCCCACAAACUCCACCCCACAGUUCCAAUCAUUCUCCGCCCCUCUCCUAAAUCUGCAAGACACACAUGUUUCGGCUCCCUUUUUUGGCCCCAACAUCUGGACCGCGCAGGUCAAGCCCGUUGCUGGCGGCGGCAUUCCUCCUUCCCAUGCGUACCUCCAGUUAAAACUAACAUUCAAGGAUGGCGGGGCCUUUGAUUUCCACUCCGGCUUCGAGAGGAUCAAAGAGCGGUUGCAACAGGCCCUGGAGCAAUCACAAGAAAAUGGCAGCAUGAGAAGCCCCGUGGAUCUCUCCCUCAUACAUCUUGACGAGCUACCCGCCUACGAAGCACCCGCCCAGCAAACUGAAACUACAUCAUCACCAGCGUUCUCUCCGGUGGAUCCUCUUGAACGAAAUCAACAAAUUUCCAACGAAGUCAGUAAUAAUACCUACUCUACGGAGAGUAAUCCUGCCGAUACAAACCCUACAGAGCCGCCUCCUGGAUACGAAGAGGUUCAACAACAGAGCGUUGCGAACGCGCUUGAAACGUGUCUACGGAAAAACCAGUGA